AUGGCCCCGGAUCCCUGGUUAUCGAUCUACGAUGACACGUACCACCUCGCCCAGGAGAUCGCCGAGAAAGUCCACGAAAGGGAACGAUACUUGCGGAAUGGGGAGAAUCCAGCCAGGGUCAAUGUGACCAUCCGCACUAUGAUGAAGAAACUGAACGAGCGCAUCGCACAGCUGAGGGAUUCCCUGCUGAGAUCGGUGUCCACGCGUCAGAUGUAUCCUUCCCGGAGUUCCGCCAUCUUGCUGUGUCUGAAAUGGCUGGUGUUGCUCUUUUGA